AUGGAAGUAUGUAUAAAAGCUAGGCCGGAUAGCCCUGCCCUUCUUCGUCUGCUCGAAACAGCAACAGGGGGAAUCAACAGGGGGGGGGGGUCUCAAUGCCCCCCUCAACUCCCACUUUCGUCUACAUUGUGUAGAUGGACCCUGACCCUUCCGGAUCAAAAUGUCCGAGUCGGGGCUUAUCGGUGUUGCAAAUAUUGGGGUCAGGUUUUGGCCAAAAAGUCGGGGUUUUGGGAGCCAAGCCUACGUAAAACACACAGACACACACCUUUUUAA